CACCUUUAUUUCUUGUAUUAUAAUUAGUUUCGUAUGCUAAUGACGUAAACACGAUUUAAAAAGUACUUUUAGAAUAAUCACACAGACACGGCACAUCUAUAUAAAUAGCGAAAGAUCGACUUGCUUCCAAUUCUCAUCUCAUUUCCAAUCUCUUAACAUAAAAUCUCAAACACGAUCCGAAAUCACACAGAGACAGACAAUGGCUCAACAGUACAAGUUCGUUUUCACUAACGAAGAAGCCGCAUCCGAAGGUGUCACCGACCACAAGAAACUUCCAAAACUAAUCGAAAAGGCUAGGAAUCUCGCUAAGGUUCCAAUCAAAGUCGGAGCCAUUGGACGCGCAUCAUCUGGUCGGGUCUACUUAGGCGCCAAUGUCGAAUUUGAAGGUCUUUCUCCUAGCCUUUCAAUCCAAGCUGAACAAUUCCUAAUCGCCAACCUCGCCCUCAACCUCGAGUCAAAACUCACUCACUUAGCCGUCUCCAAUAAUGGCACCGUCUUCCACGACCCGUGCUACCGCUGCACCCACUUUCUUCAGGAGAUGACCGAUGCACCUCAAAUAGAAAUUCUGAUAAAAAACAGAAACGACGAAGACGGAUCAUUCAAGAGCCUCGAGAGCCACAUGCCAGACAAAUUCGGCCCCGAAAGUAUCCUCCCGGCAGAACCGUCUCUCCUUCUCGUGGAGUGUGAUAACCGUCUCGCCCUCUUCAACUCGAACCUUUAUCCCCUUCUAAAGUUGGUGGCUUUACAGGCGGCGAAAAAAUCAUACGCGCCACACAGCAAGUGUCCGUCGGGGGUGGCGCUGGUUUGCGAAGGGAAAGUGUAUAGAGGAUGGUACAUUGAAACGGUGGCGUAUAAUAUUAGUUUGGGGCCAGUACAAGCGGCGCUGGUUGAUUUCAUGGCUCGUGGCGAAGGCAAAGGGUUCGAUAAGAUCACCCGAGCUGUGCUGGUGGAGAAGAAGGAUGCGAAGGUUAGGCAAGAGGACACGGCGAGGACGCUUCUAGAGAAGAUAGCAGCUCCGAACUGCGAUUUUAAGGUCUUCCAUUGCUACGAGCAGCUUGAAUAUAACAGUUGGAUAGUAGUAAAAAAGUGAUGCAUACUUUAUAUUUAUACGUAUGAUGAUAGAUAACUGAUGCAUUACUAUGAUAGAUAAAUAAAAAGUUAAUAUAUGACGGAUGAAAUAAGCCAAUAGGGUAAUUACAUUUGUCUUGGUUAUUAAACCUAGAAUAAUAAUCUAAUAUCAGUUAUGUUUUGUUUUCUUCUUCGCUGGGUUCAUGUUAUACCUUUUAAUAAUGUCAAUGCAGUAAUCUUACCAUCUUAAACACUUUUGCUUAUAAUUAAAUAUAAUGUCAACUUACGAAUAUUAUUUAGUGAAUUCCUUCCCUUCUAAAAUGUAAACAAUAACCUUUUAAUUUCUUAUUGUUGUGCAAAAGCAGAAAAAAGAGAUGCCUUUGCAUGACUCUCAAUUAACAAGUAAGAUAAAAAAUUAAUCUCAUUUUCAAACAUGGUCCAAUACUC